AUGUUCUCAAAGCUCGCUUUAGCCUCCCUCGCUGCAUACACUGCCGCCCACGGUGUCGUCAGUGAAGUCUGGGUUGGUGAUCAAUGGUACAACGGUGCAAACUAUGGUUCUGCAAAUGAUAACUCUCCUGUUAGAGCUAUGCCAUCUGAUGGUGCAUACGUCGCUUACUACAAUGUAAACACUGAUGACAUCGUUUGUGGUACCAACGGACAAAACCCAGUAUCAGUUACUGCUGAUAUCACCGCUGGUGAUCAAGUCAAACUUCGCUGGAAGGGUGACAGAGGUCCUACUGGCGACUACUGGGGUCACUACGAGGGUCCUGUUUUGGACUACUUGAUGCGCUGCGAUGGUGACUGUACUCAAUUCUAUUCGUCAUACGGUAAUGCUCGCGUUUACAAGAUCUGGCAAGCUGGUCUCGAUUCAAGUCAAGCUCGUCCUGACCAAGGCUUCUGGCCAUCAAGACCAUCAGGAAAUGGUCUUUGGGCCAUGGAUGACAUGUCACGUAACUACGGUAGCUGGCACACCGUCACCAUCCCUGAAUCAACACCAGAGGGACAAUACAUCCUUCGUCAUGAGUUGAUUAACUUAUCUUCAGCUGAUGAUCUCGAUGGUACAGCUGAGACACCAAUUGGUGGUCCACAAUACUACCCAGCUUGUGUUCAAUUGAAUGUCAAGGCUAAGGAUGGCGUCGACCCUAUCUGGGCACCAGAGACUCCAGCUAGAAGCAUGUACUCAACUGGCGAUGCAAUCGUCAACAUUUACACCCCAGGUCCUGACGGAAUUGAAAACUUCGACAUUCCAGGCCCAGCUGUCGUAAACACCGUUAACAGAAAGCGUUCAGCACGUCGCUUUGAACGCCACGCUAAGCGUGAAGCUUUCGCUCAGAAGCACUAA